AUGGUAAAGAGAAAGAGAAUUUGUCAAAUUUUGUCGAAGGCAAAGGCUGACAUAUGCUUUAUUCAAGAAACCAAGAUUAGGAAGAUGGAGGAAGGGAUAAUCAAUAGUAUAUGGGGAAAGGAGUUGUGCGAAUGGUCAGCUUUGGAUUCUGAAGGUCAAUCGGGUGGUUUGGUUACAAUUUGGAAGAAAGGAGUUAUCAGGUCUGAGUUUAGCUUCAAAGCAAAAGGUCUGCUGGGAAUCAAUGCUUCAUGGGAAGGUAUAAAUUGUUACUUCCUCAAUGUAUACUCUUCUUGUGAAAUUGCUGAAAAGAGAAUUCUGUGGAAUCAAUUGAUUGAAUGGAAAAAUAAGUUCCCAAAAGGAGAAUGGAUAAUAGGUGGGGAUUUCAACGCAAUUAAGGUGGGAAGUGAGAGGAUUGGGAGGCUGCGAACUAACAGAGUAGAGAUGGAGGAGUUCUCAAGAGUAAUAGAAUUAUUGGAGGUGAUUGACUUACCAGUUGUAGGGAACAAGUUCACUUGGAUAAACUCAAAUGGCAAGGCAAAGAGCAGAAUUAACAGAAUUCUAUUGUCGGAUGGUAUUAUUGAUAAGUGGAAGAUAGUUGCUCAGGUAACGGGAAACAGAGAUAUAUCUGAUCACAGGCUAGUGUGGAUAAAAGCUUGCAACAAAAACUGGGGGGCAAAACCUUUCAAGGUAUUUAAUUGCUGGUAUGAACAUCCCGAGUUCGAAAAUUUUGUGAGGGAGGUAUGGAAUUCGCAACAAGUUACGGGCACGAGUGCGUUUGUCUUAAAGGAAAAAAUCAAACGUCUAAGAGAAAGGCUAUGUUGGUGGAAUCUCAACGUAUUUGGAUGGCUAGACCUGAGAAUUGAGGAGGAUGUUGAAGAGUUAAACAAGCUGGAAGAGGAACUAGUGGUUAGUACAAUACAGGGGGAGGAUUCGAAUCACAUUAGAAAGGAUCUUCAAACCAACAUAUGGAAGAAUCUGCAUUACAAAGAGAGUGUAUUGAAACAGAAGGCUAGAGUAAGGUGGAUAAAGGAAGGUGACAAUAAUUCAAAAUACUUUCACUCAUGCCUGAAAUCAAGAUCUAGAAGGAAUAAUAUAGUUUCCUUACAAACAGCCCAAGGGACCCUGGAAGGUGUGGAGGAUAUAAAAGCAGAGGACUUUCACAACAGAGCUUCCCUCCCUCGGGCUCUGUCUGCAUCUUUUAUCGCCUUAAUUCCUAAGGUAGAGCAUCCUCAAGGGCUGGAGGAAUUUCGACCUAUUUGCUUGAUAGGAUGCAUAUACAAAAUAGUUUCAAAACUAUUGGCAGCAAGAUUAAGAGUAGUUAUCGGGAAACUGGUCUCGAAUUCUCAAACAGCUUUUGUGCCUGGUAGACAGAUAUUGGACGGUGUGCUCGUAGCAAAUGAGAUAAUUGACUUGGCAAAGAGAACAAGUGAUAUUGUAGAAAGUACUAGUCAAAUGUAA